AUGGCAGAAGCGCGGAGGCAACAUGACACCGAGGGGGAGCGCAGGGAUCUGCGGGGAGCGAGGAGCAGGAACCAGGCAACAGAUCAGCCUGAAAGAACCAAACGGGAGCAUUUACACCACAGUCAAGGGCCUCUGUCGUCUCUACGAGCUGCGAUCAAACGAACCAGAAGCAACUCUCAGUGUGAACAUUACAGAGACAGAAGACGACCAGAGAUCACCAUCGUCUCAGCAGAACCUCUGGGCAGUAACAGCUGGUAUUCCGGACCUUCUGUGGUUUUCCCCUCUCUUCCUCAACCCAGCUGGUCUUCACAUGUCCAGACUGUCUCCCAGCCUCCACCAUCCUAUGACCAGGUGAUUCAAGAGAAGACACAGGAAAAGCCCACUGCUGCUCCUCGGCAGACCGCCGUCAUCUCCACAAGUGCCACACAGACCGACCCUGAGAGGGGAAGCACUGUCCCACAGUCAGCUGCUGGUAAAAAACCACAAAAACCACCAAGACCAUCCCUGCCCAGACCGGCAGACACAGAGACAGCGAGUCCAACUGUUUCACCUCCUGAUCAGACCGUGAGGACAGACACCACAAGUGGAUCCAGUGUAACACCAGAGCAACCCAGGCGAGCAGAUCCAGUUCCAACGUGCAGCAGAUCUGUUACUGUCCGCUGGGACUUUCCAGUCAAUCAUCUCUCUGCACCUGAAACCACUCCCUCUUCUUUACACUCAGAACCUCAGCCACGCCCCGUGCCACUUCCUCGUAGGAAAUACCAAAAGCAUGCAAUAGUAGAGGAGGUCAGAGUUCAGUCUUUGGUGAGUCUCAGUGAAGGUUGUGACCCCGUUCACCCCGAUCCAGAGGAUGAAUCCUCAAAUAAGUAUUUAAAGGAGUUAUUGGAGGUUUUCAGUGCCGACAACACGUCUGAGGAGAGACGCGACGUUGUCGACCAAUCCGAAGAGGCCUGCCGAAGUGAAGAUGCUGUUGGCGAGAUGAACACCAGCAGUCAUCGUAAUAUCCAGGCCAGGAUCCAGGCCUUUGAGAGCCAGGCCUGCACCGAGGAGGAAAAUGCAGUGGAACCAGUCAGACCAGAACCCCGACCAAGGAAGGCCACUGUCAAACCUCCAGUCGCUGCUAAACCACCCGUGGCGCUUAAACCUCCGUUUAACCAAAGUGCUGAUGACGACAGUCAAAAUGUCACCUACAUAAAUGUAGGAAACCACACACCAGCCGCGAGGCCUCAGCCCCCGAGGAAACCUGUGGGAAUGUCUAUAAAAGAGGAGCUCGAGACUUUACACCGCAAAGGGGCCGUUCCACAGCGGUCACGUCCUCCUGGUUUGACCAGAGCCAACAGCGUUUAUGAAGAAGAACCUUCACCACUCCCUCCUGUACCUCCUGUGAAGCCUCCUAAAGAGCCACUCAAACCCAACCUGAACAUUAACAACCACAACUCGGCGUCCGUGUUCAACGAGAACGAGUACGAGAACGCUCUCGCGCACCACAUGCCGGUCGAGCCCGAGCGUAACGUGGACACCAAUGGAGCCUCCUUCCCCAGGCAAAGUGUGACGAGGAGGCCGACCACCAUCAGAGUCCCCAGCAGAGCCGUUUCAUUCUCGGAUCAUCAUCAUCAGGACACGGCUCCUCCCCUUCCUGUUCAGAAGCCUGUGGGCUCCCUGAAAACCUCAGCGCCCCUCAGGCAAAGCUCGAUGCCCGUCCUUCCUCCCCAGUUUGGACCCGAGCCAUCGCUUCCACCUCGGAGACAAAGCACCACCAAAACCCUCCCACCUCGUCCUCCUCCAGCCAAACCAGGCCCGGGAAGACCUCCUCCUCCCAGCCUUCAGGCUACAGGCCAAUCCGUUUCAUUGCCAUGGGAGGUUUCACCUAAACCCCAGAAACAGACGUCCCACAGGAAGCGACCCGUCUUACCUCCGAGACCCAGCCCAGGCCAUCGUCUCUACAACAAAUACACUCUUGAACUUCCUCAUGGAAUUGCAGCCCUCGACUACAAAGGCAGCAGCACAGGAGAGCUGUCGUUUCAGAAAAACGAAGUGCUUCUUCUGGUAGAGGAGAUUGACCAGAAUAUGUUUGAAUGCCAAAUUGGAGACCUCAAAGGCAGAGUCCACAAGUCUCGCAUGAAGGUCAUAACUCCUCUUGCCUCCGAUAUGUCUGCAACGCAGGGUCCUGGACCAAGUGCUUCAGAUGGAGGCAGCGGUGGGCAAAGGAUGCAGGUUAUUUAUGACUUCAACCCAGAGGGUCCAGGAGAGCUGGGUCUGAAAGCAGGAGACAUCGUGACCAUGGUGGAGCCGGUGGACAGUGAGUGGUGCAGAGGCACUUGUCGCGGAUCGACCGGGUUCUUUCCUGUCAAUUACGUCAAAGUCUUGUCAGAUUCAACAAAGCCCCUGCCUGAACGGAAACCGAAGCCUCCGUCUGCAGCAGUCGGCGGUCCACGCUGUAAGGCCAGGUUUGACUUUGAGGGCGAGCACAGUGAUGAGCUGUCUUUCACCGAGGGCGAUGUGAUCAAGCUGAAGGAGUACUGUGGACAGGACUGGGCUCGGGGACAGCUUGGCGCCAUAUCUGGAAUUUUCCCUCUUAACUUUGUGGAGAUCAUUGAAGAUCUGCCUCCACCUCCAGGUCCACAGCAGCCGCAGCCCAAGAGCGUAGCACUGCCUGGUAUGGUGCCUUCUUCGACUGCAAAAAAUGAGUUUGCCAAACCCUCUAAGGUGUCUCAGUCCAGUGUGGACUGGGCGGUGGCUCGGUAUGACUAUGCCGGGAAGUCGGACGACGACUUGUCCUUUCAGGAGGGCGACCGUAUCCUGGUGACCCAGCGUCUUAAUGCGGAAUGGAGCCGUGGCAGACUCAACGGCAGAGAAGGAAUGUUCCCCACAGCUUUUGUUGAGAGCGGCACUGCAGGUCAGCAGUCAUCGACUUUACAGCAGAAUGCAGCUGCACCAAGUGUUGACAGAGGCAGGGCUUUAUAUGACUUCACAUCAGACUGCGAUGAAGAGCUCUCUCUGCAGUUUGGGGAUAUUAUAACCAAUCUGGAGUCUUUAGAUGAAGAAUGGUUCAUGGGCGAUUUAAGAGGGAAACGGGCCCUGGUCCCUAAAAACUAUUUGCAAGUACUCUGAUCGUUACAAAGGUGGCUUCAAGGACAAAGACCACACUGAGGACACUUGGUGGACAUCCUCAAUUGACUGCCUUUGACUAAACUGCACUAUUUUUCCAAUUGAGCAUCAUUUAACCUAGAGCAUUGACUUAAUGAUAAGCUUACUGAAUAACUUAAGUUACAACUGGUUGUAAAUACUGUGGAUUUGGCUUUAAAAUCAUUGUUUUAACAUUUGCACCAUCUAGUGGUUUGUUGCCUUCAUUUCCUUACUUCUACAUUACAAGCACCUACACUGUACGAAUACUUAAGCUGUUUUGUAACUGGUCUAAUUAUAUGUAAAUAAUAAAUACAAGAUUGAAGUUGCAAA